AUGGACCGGAGGAGGGCCAGCGACGGGAGGGACCGCCAAGGAAAACUGCUCACUCUGCACACGUCAGCGCUAUUUGACCCAAAAUACGGCGGAUUUCGCGAGAAUAUUUCCGUGGUAGUGGAUGCGGAGAGCGGAUUGAUUGUUGAGGUAUACGAGCGCGACGGAGACGACACUCUGCAGUGGCUUGGAGAGGGCGACAUCGAUCUACGUGGCUUAUACGUGCUUCCCGGUCUCGUGGAUGCACAUACGCACAUCUUUCUGCAUUCAUACGAAGAGGCCGAUGCACUGCACCAAAAGCGAGAUGAGAGCAUAACCGAACGCGUGGUGCGUGGCGUGAACCACUGCCGGGCAGCUCUGCUUGCCGGCUACACGACAUACAGGGACCUAGGCUCGGAAGGCAUGCAGGACGCCGACACCAAUCUACGGGAUGUCAUUGCACGCGGGCUCAUGCCAGGGCCACGUCUCUUUGUGGCCACGCGCGAGCUGGCCAGCACAGGCUCGUUUGAGCUACGCACAGAGAACGCAGGUGGUGGCCAUCACGUGCCGCCAGGCCCGGACGUAGCCGAUGGCGUGGAGCAGUGCCGACAGGCCGUGCGGCGGCGCAUAGCCGCAGGUGCUGAUGUGGUGAAGGUGCCGAGGUUGACACGAUCGUGGCCGAGGCCCGGGAUGGCCCAGUGUCCUGUGGCUGCACACUGCGGCACUCGAGACGGUGCCCUGAUAGCCAUAACUGCCGGCGUCACGUCGAUCGAGCACGGGACUGCCAUCACCGAUGACAUGCUGCCAACCAUGGCGGCCGAAGGCAUCAUAUUCGUGCCGACGCUGGCCAACGCAUAUGAUGCGGGCGUGCGGCUCGCCUGUGGUGGCGACACCGGCACAUUUUCCCACGGCGACAACGUGCGCGAGCUCGAGCUCAUGAUCGAGGCCGGCGUGCCCGUGGCCGACGUCAUCGAGUCCUGCACUGUCGGUGGCUGGGAGGCCUGUGGUGGCGAACUCUGUGGGCGGCGCUUCGGCUGGUUCGAGGCUGGCCUGCAGGCAGACAUCAGCGCCCUGGACGGUGAUCCAGAAUAG